GGAUGAAGGAAGUUAAAGAUGUUUUUCCUGAUUAUCAUGAUGGAGAAUUUCUGGCUCCUAAAAGCGGGGCAAAGCUGGCUUCUCUCUUUGGUCUGUGCCAAGCUGAACCUGAAGGAAACGAGUCUUUCAAGUUCACGGCCCCCAAGCAGCCCAAAAAAGUCCCUUCCGCUCUUGGACCACCUCCUCAGAAACAAGCCCCUCCUCCAACAGCCCCAGCUGUCUUAUUGGCUGUUGCUGUCCAUGCGUUUCACUUUGUGAACGGACAAUACACAAAGCAUGGCAAGUUGGGCGCGGCCAUCCUGGGAAACCAUGCAAACAAAGAGUAUAAAGUCCUGCUGUAUGGCAGUCAACAGAAACAAAUCACGACAGCGCGAAUCCACCAUGGAUUUGUCCUCACUGUUCAGCCUGGUAACUACACUGCCUUCUAUGAUGAUCAGCAGCAGAGCUGGUCUCUGAAGUUCGAUUCUGAGGAAGCUAGAAUCGACUUCUGUAAAGAGGUGUGUGUGGCCAGGUGGAACAGUCAGACCUGCAGGGACACACUGCUGACUCAGGACUUGGUCCAUGGAGAGGGACAAACUGUUAGCAUGGGGGACACAGUGGAGGUGGCCUUGUCUCGCUGGCUGCUUCAGAAUCAUACUUUGGGACAGUUCUUUGAUUCCAAAGACAAGCUCCAGCGAGUGAGCCUGGGCUCUGACUUGGCUCUGAUGGGAUGGGAAAAGGGGAUGCUCGGGAUGCAGAAAGGAGGUCAACGUCUUAUUAUUGUUCCCCCCAGCCUGGGUUAUGGGUCAAAAGGCAUUCCAAAAAGUGUGCCACCCUCCAGCACGCUAGUGUUCGCUGUGGAGGUUCAUCAGGUUAAUUUGUCCAAAGAUGCAGACCGCCUUGCUGCGGGAUCUACAGAUGGCACAAAGUCUAGACCAGGAACUAGAGACAGAAUGAAUGUUGAAAGUUCAGUCCAGUCUGCUUUGGGUUGCUCUGACCAAGGAGAUGAAGCACUGCGUGUUAAAUGCAGAACUCAAAACGAGCUUCCAGAGCAAAGCAGAGUGUCUGCGUUGGUAUGUGGUUUGUCAGCCCAAGCUGCUUCAUCUCUACUGCCUGGAGAAACGGCUUCUUCAUCCACUGCCGUCCAACACCCAGAGGCGGUGAGAAAACCCAGGGCUCAGGAGGUGCAUAUCUGCUCAGAUCGGGCUUUCCAGCCUUAUUCUGCAUCACCACUGCAGCCUUUCACGUUAACCUUUCCACAUCAGCACACACCGUACCUGAUGGACGUUGGUUCCUUCAUGAUUACUGAGGCACGCCAGCAAAAUACUGAAAUCCGGUUAGCUGUCGCAAGAGUGACUGACAAAGUUGACUACUUGGCUUCUAAGGUGGAUGAGCUACAUAAGCAAGGGGUCAGCUCUUUUGCCCUGUCCAGUGGCUCUCUGGAGACGGCCAUAAUCUUGCACAACAUACAGAGAAUUAUUCAGGAAAAUGCCAGUCUGAAGAAGGAGGUUCUAGAGAAGGGCUCCAGAAUGGAGGGCCAGCCGGACUGUAAAAUAGGAGAGCUCACUGAGCAGAGGUGUAUGGAGAAAAGCAGCUUGCCGCUGGUACAGACUAAUGACGUUCUUCAGAGCAGUGAUCAUCGUGCCAGGGUUCUACAAGCUGAACAGGAGAAGGUGCAUUUGGCUGAAGAGUUGGACACGUCCUCUUAUGUGUGUAAGCUGCGGCAGCAGGCAGAUGGUCUCCAGCAGAGGGUGACAAAGCUGCAAGCUGAGCUCAGUGCCGUCCUGCAGGAAAGCCAGAGCCGCUGUGAUCUGAUCACUUCUCUGGAGUCUCAGUUGGAAGAGUUGAAGAGCGAGGUUGCACAGUCUCGGCAGCAGUGGAGAGGAGAGAAGCAGAAGUGCAGAAAGAUGGAAUGGACAGUGACAAACAUGGAGGAGGAGAUCCAAGACCUGAAAGCAGAGAACGAGAACCUUCACCAGCUGCUGUCGGACAGGAAGAGGAAGUGGCAGCAGGAACGGGAGCGCUUUCUGUUGGAGCAGGAGGAGCAGCGUAGCAGCAGUGAACAGGAACAGCAGCAGCUCCUUGACCAGCUCAGAAAAGCCCGAGUCCAUGCUGGAAUGCAUAACCGACCACAGCUUGAGCUGGAGUGGCAGGAGAGGUGUGAUACAGCCCUGAAGGAGCAGAAAGUAAAACUCGAAGAAGUGAUUACUCAGCUACAGAAACAGAAUUCAAAAUUACAGGAGGAAUUGGAGAGAGAAAGGCAGCAAAUUGAGACCCAGCUGGCUGAACAGGUGAAAUGGGUGAUGAAUGGGCUGUUCCGCUUUCUGAGGGCAGAGUUUGAUCUGCAGGAGUCUUAUUCUGGUGAAUCUGUCCUGAAGACAGUCCUCAGUACCAUCAAGUGUGUGACUAUGCAAUUCCUUGAGGAGCAGGAGGAUGUGGAUGAGGAGCAGGAGGAAGAGGAUGAGGAGGAGUACGUCUCAGCAGAGGAGAGACUGAGUGGAAGAAUGGAAGAGCCUGAAAUAAAAAGUGAGCAAAUGGAAAGCCCUCAGAGCCUGGACCACAUGUACAUGACAACAUAUGAAACCAACAGUCUAGAAACUUCUGAAGUGAGCACAGGUUCUUCAUUAGCUUCAGAUGUAGAGAAGCAGUCUCUGAACGCUGAGUGAGGGGCCUGAAAAUCGAACGUUAAUUAUAACUGAAGAUGUAGUUUAAAAAAACAAAAAAAAAAACCAAAUCCAGUAAUUAGAAUCUGCACUCACUUUUUUUCCAAAGGGGCAAAUGGAGGUGGUAUAGAAAAGGACUGUCACACUCCAGCCUAUUCACACACUGGAUCUACUGGCUGAUUUAUAUUGUUGAAUGUGUUGUAACAUGCUAAAAUUAGCAGAAGGGGACAAUUUUUGAGUUGGAUUAUCAUGAUUGGACUAACAGAUGUCUUUCUGCACUGGAAUAGCUGCAAAAUUUUAGAUAUGGUGUUCUACAAUGCGCUCUGUCUUCAUUUCAUUGACCUGAAAAUAAAAUGGCCCUUUUUUUGGUAAUGAAACAGCAGUUGUAACAAGAUAAGAAUGUAAUUAUGUCCAACUCCAUGUUGGGGAGAAGAGAGAAAUGCAAAUAAAGUGAUUUUCUGAUUUUA